AUGGGUCAAUCAUCUUCAUUACCAUCGUCUUUACCUACGCUCGCACUGCAUUGCUUGAGAGUCGCAGAUUCAUCACCUGCUGAGGGACUGUUAGAACCGUAUUUCGAUUAUUUGAUCGGUAUAUCGACGGAGAAAGGUGAUAGUGACCUGUCGUCUUUGGCGGCAGGGGAACAUGGUGGUUUGGGUGGAUUGGGUGGUUCGGGUGGAUUGGCGGGAUUAGGUAAAGUCGUAGAGGAAAAUGAAGGGAAGAGGAUCGGAAUGAGAGUGUAUAAUGCCAAAUCUCAAAGAAUACGUGACGUUCAUCUCACACCCUCACGAGCUUGGGCAGAAGCGUUACUUCUGGCGAAUGGAGAAUCGAUCCCAUCAGCGACAACGACGAAUUCAUCCUCAUCUGCGUUUUCUUCUGCAUCGUCACCAAGACCUAAACCUUCAUUACUUGGCUUAUCCUUGAGGGUAUGCAACCCAGCCAAUGCACUAGAAAGUGUAUAUCAUGUACUGGACGUCCUGGAAGGUUCUCCGGCUGAGGUGAGUCUCGUACCGUGGGGAGAUUACGUCCUUGCUUGGUCAGGAGGACCAUUACAUUCUGAAAAUGAUUUCUACAAUUUAAUAGAAGCGCAUGUCGAUAAGCCCCUGAGACUAUUUGUCUACAACUCAGAUCUAGAUAACCUCCGUGAAGUCAUUUUGUACCCUACACGCCAAUGGGGUGGUGAAGGAUUAAUAGGUUGUGGAAUUGGGUAUGGUCUGUUGCAUCGGAUACCACGUCCUUCGACACCGCCUCCAGGGCCUACCGCAGAUGGUUAUUUCUCCUCUGAAACAAGUACGAAUAAUAGACAACCUGAAACAGUAACUUCAUAA